AUGCCGACCCGCUCACAUCAGGGUUGCUGGACAUGCAAGACCCGUCGACGGCGCUGCGACAACACCCGUCCAGCGUGUCGGAACUGCGAGCAGCGCGGCGUCGCCUGCGAGGGCUAUGAGGUUCGGCUGCGAUGGGGCGCGGGGAUUGCCUCGCGGGAUGUGAUGACCGCUAGCGAUGAGCCGGGGAGUUCACCAGGGCAAGCCACAAGCAGCGACGAGGCCCUGUUCAACGAAUUCUUGCGCUCGGGUAUCAAUGUUCUUCACUCAACCACUGCUCAGGAGAGCAUGCUCCAACCGCGUCUCCCGGAGCUCUGCCGGGAAUCCAGCGCACUAUACACGACCUGCUUGGCCUUCCAGCUUUCACUUGCACCCAGUCUGACCCCACGGUUCUUCGAGUAUUUCGAUGCAGCGCUGCGGACGUUUCGGUCAGAGCUGGCUUGCAGCACGACACUGUUAGAUGGAACGCUGGCCGCUGGCCUGCUGUUGUGUAGCAUCGGCCUGAUGCAUGGCUUUCCUUGGACGGUGCAUCUGGAAGGUAUGCACAACAUCCUGCUCGAGGACCUGCACCGUCCUUCCACCCCGUCCAAGUUCCGUACGCACCUUCUGGAGGUCAUGGGGGUUAUGGACCUUCCGAUCUUUGCAAUCGGGCGCCAGACUCCCUGUAUUGAGAUUUGGCGACGCUAUUGCCUGCGCGCAGAACCCAGAAGGGGCGUUGAGCCUGUGAGUGGUCUGCCUCGCGCCUUGCUGGAUAUGUUCGCUGGCAUUGGUUUCGAGACGACUGAGCAGAGCUUUUGGGACUGGCCUGGCCAUUCAGGAAGCUUCUUGCAGUGCUACCUUUGGGAGGCAUACCGACUGGCAGGCAUCCUCACACUGCGCCAGCAAGCUCGCCUACCUGGCAACCAGCAGUCUCCAAAUGUCUCGGCAUGGCGUCAGCCCGGCGCGUGUCCUGCGGAUGCAACGAUUCUUGUAGCGCGGAUUCUGGCCAACCUUGACGCUUUGCGUCUGGCAUGUGCUGAGCGUCCGGAAGAGGACACCUUCAUCCUGAAUGCAAAGAAUUAUCCUCUGUUUGUUGCCGGGCUAGAAAUCACCGUUCUGCGUCCCCGGCCAGACUGGCAGAAGAAAAUCCGCAGCUAUCUUUUUCUCACACGUCAGGAUGAGUUGAUUCUAGGUUUACUGGAGGAGAUGUGGCGACGAGACGACCCAGAUUUUAGUGUAGACCAGGUAGCCCGAGAAAGGGGAAUUGAAAUGGGGCUGCUAUGA